GAUCUAUCCGGUUCCAUCACUAAUCCAAAUCUGAUGGAACAAAGGACCUAUGAUCAUGGAUAUCGGGAGGAAGGAGUUGAUGCUGAACGAACUCUAAAGAUGUUAGAAACAGGAGUAACUGGCAGCCAGACUGCUAUGGCUAAAGAAGCUGGCAUCUGGUCUAUACCCAACUGAGAUUACAGUCAAUGCAUUGACCUGCCAAGAAAUCAUAAAAAGCUAGAUGCGAAGACAAAUGGUUGCAUUCUCAUAAAUGCUAAUGGUGGCCUGAAUCAGAUGAGGUUUGGGAUAUGUGAUAUGGUGGCUGUUGCUAAGAUUUUGAAGGCAACACUAGUCCUUCCUUCCCUUGAUCAUACUUCCUACUGGGCUGAUGAGAGUGGCUUCAAGGAUUUGUUUGACUGGAGAUAUUAUGAGAUGCUGAAGGAUGAUAUUCACAUAGUUGAGACGUUACCAGCAGACUUUGCUGGAAUUGAGCCUUUUGUAAAAACUCCAAUAUCUUGGUCUAAGGUACCAUAUUACAGAAGUGAAGUUCUUCCCCUCCUGAAGCAGCACAAAGUGGUCUAUUUUACUCAUACUGAUUCCAGGCUUGCUAACAAUGGUAUUUCAAAGUCCACAAAAUUGAGAUGCCGAGCCAAUUACAAAGCAUUAAAAUAUUCAGCACCAAUUGAAGAACAUGGCAACAAGUUGGUAUCUAGAAUGCGACAGGAGGGAAAUCAUUAUCUUGCACUUCAUUUGAGAUAUGAGAAGGAUAUGCUUGCAUUUACGGGCUGCAGCCACAAUUUGACUGCGGAAGAAGAUGAAGAACUGAAACAGAUGCGAUAUGAAGUCAGUCACUGGAAGGAGAAGGAGAUUAAUGGGACCGAGAGGCGAAUUCUUGGAGGAUGUCCAUUAACACCAAGGGAAACUUCACUGUUGCUUAAAGCACUGGGUUUUCCAUCCAGCACUAGGAUUUAUCUUGUGGCCGGUGAAGCAUACGGAAGAGGAAGUAUGAAAUAUCUUGAGGAUGAUUUCCCCAAUAUUUUCUCACAUUCCUCUCUGUCUACUGAGCAAGAGUUGGAACCUUUCAAGAAUCACCAAAACAUGUUGGCUGGCAUAGACUAUGUUGUUGCCCUUCAGAGUGAUGUGUUUCUCUAUACUUACGAUGGAAAUAUGGCGAAGGCGGUUCAAGGUCAUAGGCGCUUUGAGAACUUCAAGAAGACCAUCAAUCCUGACAAGAUGAAUUUGGUUAAACUUGUUGAUCAGCUUGAUGAAGGGAAAAUUUCUUGGAAGAAGUUCAGCUCUAAGGUGAAAAAGCUUCAUGAAGACCGAACUGGGGCUCCAUAUCCUAGAGAGUCUGGAGAAUUUCCAAAGUUGGAGGAAAGUUUUUAUGCAAAUCCUCAGCCAGAUUGUAUUUGUGAAACAAGAUAGGUGUGGAAAGACUAGAACAGCGAUCUUGGUUAUUCGAAACGAACCAGACAAGACAAUCGCGUUGAUAACCUGAUGGAACAUGAAUGUUCAAAAGCUGGGAGUUAUCUGAUAAGUUGCCAUGGACCGUCCCAUCUGUUGGAGAUGAGAUUAAUACAAGGGACCAAGGGAGUUGAUACUAGUGGUCUGGCUGGCCAAGUAUACCACUGUUCUUAACACACCACACACACUGAAUCAAACUUUUUUUUUUUUUUUUAACCCUAACCACGCUUGAAUCGGGGCUUUAUUUUUCCUUUUAGCUUAUUUUUUCUGAUUAUAAUUUAAAUCAUAGCAAUUGAUGUUAAGAGGCAUAUGUUAUAGU